AUGAGCUCCGAAGUCAGAAAGAAGUUCAUCAAUUACCCUGUGCCUCUAGCCGGGCCACCCAUUCCGUAUAAGAAUGAGCGAGGAAGCAAUCCGCCCUUGAAGGGCUGGCUCUUGGUGCUGGCAGCAUGGGCCAUGGAAUAUCUCUGGUUCAUCCGCGCCUUCAUCUGGAGCAACGCGGGCUUUGGCGGCGUGCGGAAGAUCCGCAAACACAUUGAGGAUGCGGAACCGCGCUACGACCCAACCGUCCUGCCCUUUCCCAUGGACGAGGCGAAAGACCCGGCCGUCCUGCACCGUGAGAGCGCCGUCAAGUCCAAGCCGCGGCCUUUCAAGUACUACUCCGCCGCCGACUAUCACGAGAUGUACCUCUCGGGCGAGGUCACGCCACUCGCCGUCGCCCGCGCCAUCCUGCCCCUGAUCCGCCGUGACACCGCCCCGCCAGGUGAGCACUCGAUCGCGUGGUUCGACACAAAGGUCACCCAGGUCCUGACCGCCGCCGAGGCCUCGACGAGGCGGUACAAGGAGGGAAAGCCGCUGGGCCCUUUGGACGGCGUCCCGACUGCGGUCAAGGAUGAGUACGAGAUGGACGGCUACCGGACUUGCCUCGGUUCCCGCAACGACUACACCACACAGGUCGAGCCCGGCCAGUCGAUCAACAGCUGGUGCGUCAAGAAGCUGGAGUCUGCAGGCGCUGUCAUCCUUGGGAAGCUCUCCAUGCACGAGUUUGGCCUCGACACAACCGGUAACAAUCCAAUCUACGGAACACCCCGCAACCCGUACAACGCAGGCUACUACACCGGCGGUUCCUCAUCCGGCGCCGGCUACGCCGUCGCAACCGGCCUCGUCCCCUUCGCCCUAGGCUCCGACGGCGGCGGCUCCAUCCGCAUCCCUUCGUCCCUCUGCGGCGUGUACGGCCUCAAGCCCACCCACGGCCGCAUUUCCUUCCACCCCUGCCCCAACCACUCAAACUCGUGCGCCGUCAACGGGCCCAUCGCCGCGGACAUCGAGUCCCUGGCCACCUGCUUCGAGACCAUCGGCGCCCCGCACCCGGACUCCAACUUCAUCCAGGCCUCCCCCUUCGUCCUCUCCCCCUCCGAGAAACGCGGCAAGAUCCUCGGCGUCCCCGAGUCCUGGUUCGCCCAGGCCGACCCGGCCAUCCAGCGCAUGUGCCGCUCCAUGAUCGCUCGCCUCGUCUCGCGCCAUGGCUACGCCACCGUCCCCAUCGACAUCCCUUUCCUCGUUGAGGGCCAGUCCGCGCACGCCAUGACCGUUCUCACCGACGGCGCCACCCUCCUCCCGGAAACCAAGAACCUUACCCACGGCAACCGCAUCCUUCUCGCCAUCGGCCGAGUCACCUCCGCUAUGGACUAUCUCCUCGCCCAGAAGCUCCGCGGCCUGCUGAUGCAGCACCUCGCACACCUCUGGCAGACGUACCCGGGCAUGAUCAUCGUCACGCCCACUACCGCCUGCGCCGGCUGGCCCAUCAUGUCCAAGUCAGAGCUCACCCAUGGCCUCUCUGACGGCGACCGCACCAUUCGCAGCAUGGAAUAUGUCUGGAUGGGCAACUUCUGCGGGCUGCCCGGUGUCACGGCACCCGCGGGUUACGUCGUGCCGCACGACCGGCCCGGCGGCGGCAGCGAGGCCGGGCCCGACACGGAGGGCAAGGUCCCCGUCGGGCUGAUGGGCAUGGGCGAGUGGACGGAUGAGCACAGCCUGCUCGAGUUCGGGCUCGACGCCGAGGAGCUGUUUGCUAAGGAGCGGUGCAGGCCGCCUAACUGGGUUGACGUCAUUCAGCGGGCCAAGGACGAGAUGGCCAAGGAUGGGGAGGCUGCGUUGAUAGACAUCUAG